AUGACCUCUCGAGACAACAAGACCCACGACUUCACACGAGAUGCAGCAAACACAGUCCGGGUAUUUCGAAGAACAUUCCCUGGAUUUCUCGCAUCCUUUGAAGCCCUUCUUGACCCACUGAUUCGCUACUUCGUUCAUACAUUCCGAUUAAACAUGAAUCCUAAUCUGCUUCCAAUAACAGCACACCUCGAAACACCAAGCCAACAAUACUUGCGCUGCUCAAUCGUCAGCAAGCUCAUGGCUGACUUCAAUUCUUCGGAGCCAUUUCAAUUCGAUCGCGACUAUGACCAUGACAUCUUCACUUUUGUCGUCUACUGGUACCUCCGGGAUUCAUGGGCCGCUGUUAUUCGCGAGCAAAUCGCGAGGCACACACCACGGACAGACCUAGGCUCCUUCGCUGGAUUCUCCUACUUCCCAAAACCUGUUUCAAAAGAGCUUCGUCCUAGUCUCUUCAUUUACAAUCUACACCAUCCAGACCUGGGAGAUAUCCAUGCUGAACGCAAUGGACUAUAUUAUGUGGGUAGGCGCGAAUGGAUUGACGGACGAUGCCACUGA